AUGGAGCUUACAAUGGAGAAUAUUGGGAAUAUCCACGGCGUGACCCAAUCCAGCGACCUGAUGAACAGUUCCCACAAUCGCCAGGCUUCUCACCGGAGUCUGGCUGCUCACGGCCGGCCUGCCAUGGUGUCCAGCAUGGCUUCCAUCCUGGAAGGAGGCGAUUACCGCCCCGAUCACAGCUUGUCCGGUCCGCUGCACCCCGCCAUGAGCAUGUCCUGUGACAGUCCACCUGGGAUGAGCCUGAGCAGUACUUACACCACGCUGACACCCCUCCAGCACCUGCCGCCAAUCUCUACUGUGUCUGAUAAAUUCCAUCACCCUCAUCAUCAUCAUCAUCAUCACCACCACCACCCACACCAGAGACUGUCUGGCAAUGUGAGCGGCAGCUUCACCCUCAUGAGAGACGAGAGGGGCUUGCCAUCAAUGGGCAACCUCUACAGCCCUUACCACAAAGACAUGGCGACCAUGGGACAGUCUCUCUCCCCUCUCUCCAACGGACUGGGCACUUUGCACAACUCCCAGCAGCCGCUGACACCUUACGGUCCCGGUGGGCACAUGGCGAACGAGAAGAUGCUGUCUCCCAAUGGCUUUGAUACACACGCCGCUAUGCUAUCCAGAGGGGAUGAGCACCUGGCUCGGGGUCUGGGGGGCCCUGGAGCCGGGAUGAUGCCCCACCUGAAUGGGAUGCACCCUCACAGCCAUCACCAUGGACAGGUUAACGGCUCGAUGCUCUCCUCUGACCGCGACCGUCAGGUAUCAGUGUCCGCCUCUCACGGCGGCGGCUCGAAUCAAGUGGAGGAAAUCAACACCAAGGAGGUUGCCCAGAGAAUCACAGCGGAGCUGAAACGCUACAGCAUCCCUCAGGCCAUUUUUGCACAGCGAAUCCUGUGCCGGUCGCAGGGAACCCUCUCAGACCUGCUGAGGAACCCCAAACCCUGGAGUAAGCUCAAAUCUGGCCGCGAGACCUUCAGGAGGAUGUGGAAGUGGCUGCAGGAGCCUGAAUUCCAGAGAAUGUCUGCUCUCAGGCUGGCAGCAUGCAAGCGUAAAGAGCAGGAGCAGAACAGAGAUCGGAACAAUACACCCAAGAAACAACGGCUUGUCUUCACCGAUCUUCAACGCCGCACAUUGAUCGCCAUAUUUAAGGAGAACAAGCGGCCAUCGAAAGAAAUGCAGAUAACAAUUUCCCAGCAGCUGGGGCUGGAGCUCAACACAGUCAGCAACUUCUUCAUGAACGCUCGCAGGCGAAGCAUGGACAGAUGGUUGGAUGAGCCAUCGACCGCCGCUGGGCAACCAGCAUCAGCUGCAAGCACUUUUACCAAAGCAUGAAACAGAGGAACAGCGGGCACGCAGUCCGUGCUACUACUGCACUCUGGAAUUAAGACAAAACCAAAAAAAGGCUUUAAACCAAAUAGACAUGAUUUUUAAAAUAAAUUCCAAAG